AUGUUAAGGAACAAUCAUUCCAACUUUCUAGAUCUCCAAAGACAAGUAUGGGAAAUCUCUCAUCAGUUACAAGAACGACCACCAGGUCAGUUCUCAGGCAACACUCAAAUCAACCCAGCCAACCAUCACGUUAAAGCCAUAACCACUAGGUCGGGUAAAGAAUCAGGGGAAGUUGAUAUGCCAUCGGUUCAAGUAGAGGAAGAAGAACCAGUUGAUGAGGAGAUAGAGUUAGAGUCCCCCCUGUUAGAGAAAGUUGUAGGAAACCGGUUGACCCUCAAGCAUAUGCCGAAAUAUGCUAAAUUCUUAAAAGAUCUCCUGAAAGGGAAGGAUAAGUUAGAGGAGCUUUCGAAUGUCUCGUUAAAUGCUGAUUGCUCUGCUGUGGUGACGAACAAGCUACCGGAGAACCUCACAGAUCUGGGCCUUGGUGAUCUUAAACCUACUCGCAUGACCUUAGGCUUAGCUGAUAAAACCGUUAAGUAUCCUCGGGGAAUAGUAGAAAAUCUGCUUAUAAAAGUUGAUAAAUUGGUUUUCCCGGUGGAUUUUGUAGUGCUAGAUAUGGAAGCGAAUGAGAAUGUACCUCUAAUUUUAGGACGUCUAUUUUUGUGCACUGUUAAAGCCCUCAUAUAUGUUUUUUUAGGCACUAUUACACUUAGAGUGGUUGAGGAAACGAUAUUCUUUAAGGUAAAUAAGACGAGACGUUUGAAUGAUCGAGCAGAGGCGGUAGCAUCGGUAGGGGAAAGUGAAAAGGAGGUGAGAGAUGAGAAGGGGUGGACGAGUGAUCCUAGGCUAGAGAGGGUGAUCGAACCCAAGUGUGGGGAUCCAUCAGAUAGAAAAGUAGAGGAACUAGAGAAGAGAAUCUUGUGGUUACAAUCUAAGAUAGAGACACUGAGCAGUGUGGGGGUGGAUUUAUAA